UAGUAUCAGUUGUGUUCAAACAUCAAAUAAUUUCUCAACUGCACCUAGAAUGGCAAAAUCUGCUCUUGUAUUAAUUGUAGAAGGAACUGAGGAGAUGGAAUUUACCAUAACAGCAGAUGUACUUCGUCGUGCUGGGGUCAAGGUGGUUGUGGCUGGAGUUGAAGGUUCGAACCCAGUGAAGUGUAGCCGGGAUGUGGUCAUCGUGCCGGACACAAGUCUGGCUGAGGCUGUCAAGAAAGGCCCCUACGAUGCUGUCGUGCUCCCAGGCGGUAUGGGGUAUAAGAAGUUUGCCACAUCUACUGAAGUUGGAUCAGUGCUCUCAAAACAAGAGGAGACCGGAGGAAUAAUUGCUGCUAUUUGUGCAGCUCCUUCUGUUCUGAAGACACAUAGUAUUGCUACUGGUAAAAGCUUAACCUCUUACCCGAGUGUGAAGGGAGAACUAGUGAAAGACUACAAAUACAGUGAGGACAAGGUUGUCGUUGAUGGUAAUUUAAUCACUAGCAGAGGUCCAGGGACUGCCUUUGAUUUUGCCCUGGAGCUGGCCAAACAGUUGACUAACAAGACUAAAGCUGAUGAAGUUAAGGCUGGAUUGUUGUUGUAAACCAAAUGAACCAUCUGUGAUAAUAAUAUAUUUAUUCUUUAUUAAAUAUCUGUUUUCAAA